CCGAGUCAUCCAGGGUCUAGGGUUAGAGCAGACAGAAGCGGUUUAACCAGAAUCGCGGCGCAGUGCGCUAACAUAGGCGAGUCGAGAUGCGCGCCAGGCUACGCAUCUCCUGCCGGCAACACGACCUCAUUACAAUCCCCCGUCAGCGAUUGGCUUCCCCCCUCCCCAGGCGUCCAUCGCCCAGUUGUCUCAUUCAUGAGGGGGGAUUGCGUGAACCGAAUCCGGCUGGGGAGGCGACGCUGCGUUAGAUGAUCUUCUGAGGCGCCUCAGGCCCGUCUUCACCCAUCCACCCCCCUCACCGGAGUCAUGUAUCAGACGGCCUGGUAUUCUUCUCUACGUACAUAUGUAGGCAUGGUAGACAGGCAGCAUGAUAGCGCCUGCAUAUACCACGUGUGAGUACACCUACAUAUAUACCCCAUGUGAAUGUAUGCAUGCCUUAAUUCCUCACUCCCCGCCUCUCCGUCUCACUCUCCCCCGUCUUCGUCGUCUGCAAUCAUAAUCGGGCUAUCUCCUCCCGCAAGGAGAUGGCUGUCCUCCCUGCGUCAUUGGAGGACCUUCCGGCCUUCGACCUCGCGUUCCUCAGCUUGCUAGCCAAACUGCUAUUCUUCACCCCGACAGCCUUCUUAGCCAUCUACGUCCUGCUCAAUGAGGUAGUCCGAUUACGAGCUCGGAUCCCAAAGCUGCCGGGACCAUGGGGCUACCCGCUGGUGGGGAGUCUUCCGUCGCUGCGCGGCACCGCGACCUCGGACGAGUAUAGAAUUUGGGCCCAACGCUACGGCGACGUGUUCCAGGUACAGCUCGGAAACGUUCCGGCCGUCAUCGUGAACACCGCCGCAGCGGCCCGCACCCUCUUCAUCAGUCAGCGCGAGGCGACGAACUCGCGACCCGUCUUCUACGUGCUUCACAAGCAGGUGCAGCAGGGCCGCCCCGUAAUGAGCAUAGGGACCAGCCCGUGGGACGAGAGCUGCAAGCGGCGGCGCAAGGUCGCCGCCACGGCUCUCAACAAGACCAGCACGGAGAGUUAUUACCCGAUUCUAGACCUCGAAUCUCGGGCCUUCAUUCUGGACAUCCUGUCUAGCUGCAAGGGAGGCAAGGCCUCUGUUGACGUGCUCGACCUGACGCGCAAAUUUGCCCUGAACCUCAGCUUAACGCUGGCCUACGGUACUCGCGUCGAGGAUGUCAAGGACCUACACCGGGACCUGGUGAUCUCCGAGAUCCUCUACAUCGAGGACGAGAUCUCCAAGUUCCGGAACCCGACGAGCAACUUCUCCAACUACAUCCCCCUGCUCCGGCCCCUGAACACGAUCGCCGGCUGGGUUGGGCGGCGCGGCGGCUCCCACAUGGCCGACGUGGGGAAGCGGCGGUACGCGUACCACAACGUCUUGCAGGAGAAGCUGCGGCGGGACAUCGCCGACGGCGUCGACCGCCCUUGCAUCCAGGGCAACGUCCUCAAGGACCCCGAGAGCAAGGGCCUCACCGAGGGCGAGCUGCUCAGCAUCGGCCUCAGCAUGCUCGCCGGCGCCGACACCACCAAGCGUUCGCUGAUGUGGGCCAUCCUCUUGCUAGCUCACCGCCAGGACAUCCAGGAGAAAGCAUACCAGGCCAUCCAGGCUACCGAUCCCGACCUGCUCGGAUCCCCCCACGCCUCGCACUCCAGGGUCGAAUACGUAGAGGCUUUCACCAAGGAAGUCGGCCGUUACUUCGUCGUCCAGCGGUUGGCACUGCCCAAGGCCACGUAUUCCGAGGUUCAUUGGAAAGGCGCAACCAUCCCGCCCAACACGCUGCUAUUCCUCAAUGCAUGGGCGUGCGCGCGAGAUCCCGCCGUGUUCUCGGACCCCAACGCGUUCGCGCCGGAGCGCUGGAUGGACGGCGACCAGACGGCGAACCGGCACCAGUACGCCUUCGGCAUCGGCGGACGCAUGUGCGUGGCGAGCCACGUCGCGACCAAGGCGCUGUACGCCGUCUUCCUUCACCUCGUUGCCCACUUCCAAAUCCUGCCGGCAGAGGAGACGAUGGACCCGAUCGUCGCAGAUCCCAUAGAGGGCCUCCUGACGAGGGAGAACCCCAUCGCGGGACCCAAGGCUAGGACGGUGCGGUUCAUUCCUCGGAAUGCUGAGGUUACGAAACGGAUGCUAUCCUCAGUGCUGUAAAGGGUAACCAGUGAGAUACCGCGCAUGAUACAUGAUAUAGAGACGGAGAAAAUUACUGAAAUAUGUACUAUACCUACUGUUGUUAAGUUCACGUCAAUGCGAGGCUUCAAGAGGCGCUCCCGCGGGAAGCGAACGUUGGU